UUUUUUUUGUUCCAUGUCUGUCUGGUGCAUGCAUGUCUGGUCUAUUUGAUGAUGACUCCUGUCCUGAGGGCUCACGCUUUGGUUGCUGCUUCACGUUGGCCCCUUCCCUUCUGCAGUUUUGUUUUCUGUGCCUCUUCCUCUCUAUUUCUUGCAGCUUGUUGAAAAUGGAUAUGGUCUUGCAGCUCUAGACGGGGGGAGAGAGAGAGAGAGAGAGAGGUGUUUAAGGCUUUAAAGCUAUGGAGUCGGUGCAGGGGUUUCUUGAUUCACGGCUAUUUGAAGAAGAUGGGGCUUCUUCUUUUGACUCUACUAGUGCUGCUGCAAGCUUCUUCUUGUCCUUCAUUCUCUAGCAGAGAGGGCAAACCUUCCCAAAGGAAAAAACAAAAGAAACAUAAAGGAAAAGAAGUAAACUUUCUGCUGUCUAGUGGAGCAUAAAGGUGGUUUGUUCCGUUUAUUCCAAUCAAAAACCUUGGGCUAUUUUUGUUGGGUGAGAACUGAGGAGUGAGGACGGAAACCCCCCCACCAAAAAAAAAAAAAAUCAUUCCUUUGGUUGGAAGCAUUUCUCCACUUUGGGAAUCAAUCUUCUUUCUUGGCCUCUUUGAUUGAUUGAGUUGGUUCUUCUUUUUUCGUAUAUAUGUUCAGGAAGAGAUCUAGAGGUUCAGCCACCAGUAAGCAGACACUAAUGGCUGACUUUGACGGAUGCAGGAAACCCACUUCAUCUUCUCUCUUUAGUUCCCCCAGACUGUUUGCCACCAUUGCUAGCAGUCCCACCAAGGGGCAAUCUGAAACUGAUGCUGCUGUUAUGAGCCCAACUUCGAUUCUUGACACAAAGCCCUUUUCCAGUCUGAGGAGCUCUUUCCAGACCUCACCCAGCGGCCAUGAGCCUGAGCACCGCCGUCCCUGGGCAAGGAAGUUGGACCCCAAAGGCAUUGCUGAUGCCCUCUCAGAUGAUCAUCCCAAACUCAAGUCUCCCAGACCCGAAAACCCAGUGGUUCUAUUUGGGUCACACCUGGGGAUCCAAAUCCCUUCCCUGCCAUCCUCCUCCCUUUCCUCAGCAGACUCCCCUAAGACUCCAGUGAAGUUUGGGAUCAAGAACAGAAGUUCUCAGCUGGGGUUGUGUCAAUCUCCAGCAGCGAAAAAGCCCGUGUUCGAGCCCAUAGGCUCGCCCCGUGUUAUCACAGGUUGCCUCUCGACCAGCGAGAUGGAGAUGUCUGAGGACUAUACGUGUGUGAUCUUUCACGGACCAGUCCCAAGGACCACUCAUAUAUUCGAUAAUUGUGUUGUUGAGAGCUGCUGUGGUGUUGUUGGGCUCUCUGCUUGCAAGGAAGGGUGCGGGGUUUCGGCUGAGACGUUUAACAUCAACUGUUAUCCCUCCCAGCACUUCCUUAGCUUCUGCCACUCUUGCAAGAAGAAUCUUGAUCAGGGGAAGGACAUUUACAUGUACAGGGGAGAAAAAGCCUUCUGCAGCAGCGAGUGCCGGGACCAGGUGAUGUUGCUAGAGGAAGGCAAGGGGAAAGCAAAAUCAAGUGUUCGCAGAGAUCGUUCCUUGUAGCACUUGUGUCAUCUUUCCAUGUCAAACAUAUGAUCAAGCUCCCUAGUCUUGUGUUAGAUGAUCCCUGCCUCAGAUGAAUACUGGUAGUAGGACUGUUCUGAGAGAGAGUGAGACGGACUGCUCUCAAGUUUCUUCCUUUGUUUUGACUCUUUCAAUACCUUCCUUUUCUUCUCUUCUGCCCUUUUAGAGAUAGAAUGACUCAGGAGUGACUAAACAAAGCUUUGUAUAAUUUAAUUUUGGUGAAUUGAUAAAUAGAAGAUCUGUUGUUUCCUUCUCAA